GCGGCGGGGCCGGGAUUGGCGCCCGUGGCAGCGGCGGCACCUCCCAGCGCUGCCGGCCUGCGCCAGCGCCCGCACGGGCAGCCAGUGCCGCAGCUCCGCCACUGCCGGCCCGCCGCGCUCCGGCGCGCUCCUCACAGCCCUCUGCCUCUUAAGUUACUGGAUUCUGCAGUACAAGUCUUCAUGAACAAGCUGCACCGCUUAGAGAUUUCACGGAAUUCAAAGGUCACAGAACUGCCACUAUGGUUAAAUGUCUUGUUUAAUGGUUGAGAGGUGCGGAGAAAUUUCCUUUGAUAGUCCUGACCAGAAUGCCAAAUGUGUUCGCAUGCUAGGAGAUGCACGGGUGAGAGGUCAGACAGGGGUUGUCUCCGAGCGCCGCGGCUCCUACCCAUUUAUAGACUUCCGUCUUCUUAACAUCCUAUAGUAAAGACGCUGUGUAACUUAAGACACCAUGAAGUCUUUUUGGAUAGGAAAACUUCCUGCACUCUGAAAAUGGGAUCUUCUGUAGCCCUAAUCAAAGCCAACUGGAUUAAUGUUUGCUUCUUGCUGUUUGAGUCUGUGAUGCCAUCUACACAUUCCUCCAGUGACCCUCUGCAGUAUAUAGAAAAUUCUGCACUCUCAGGGGAAAUUGGCACCAAGAAAAAAGUGAAAAGACUGUUAAGUUUCCAGAGAUAUUUCCAUGCAUCCCGGUUACUGCGUGGAAUUGUACCGCAAGCCUCUCUGUACCUACUGGAUGAGGACUACCUUGGGCAAGCAAGGCAUAUGCUAUCCAAAGUGGGAAUGUGGGAUUUUGACAUUUUCUUGUUUGAUCGCUUGACAAAUGGAAACAGUCUCGUAACACUGCUUUGUCACCUCUUCAAUGUGCAUGGACUUAUUCACCAUUUCCAGUUAGACAUGGUUACAUUACACAGGUUUUUUGUUAUGGUUCAAGAAGAUUACCAUAGCCAGAACCCAUACCACAAUGCUGUCCAUGCCGCUGAUGUCACGCAAGCUAUGCACUGCUAUCUGAGGGAGCCCAAGCUUGCCAACUUCCUCACCCCAUCGGACAUCAUGCUCGGACUGCUCGCUGCUGCAGCUCAUGACGUGGAUCACCCAGGAGUCAACCAACCCUUUCUGAUUAAAACUAAACACCACCUUGCCAGCUUGUAUCAGAACGUUUCCGUGCUGGAGAACCACCACUGGCGCUCUACCGUGGGCAUGCUUCGAGAGUCACGGCUGCUCGCCCACCUGCCCAAGGAGGUCACACAGGACAUUGAGCAGCAAUUGGGCUCCCUGAUCUUGGCAACAGACAUCAACAGGCAAAAUGAGUUUUUGAUCCGUCUGAAAUCUCACCUUGACAAUCAGGAUUUGAGGCUGGAGGAUGCACAAGACAGACAUUUUAUGCUUCAGAUUGCACUCAAGUGUGCUGACAUUUGCAACCCUUGCCGGGUCUGGGAUCUGAGCAAACAGUGGAGUGAACGGGUCUGCGAAGAGUUUUACCGGCAAGGUGAUCUGGAACAAAAGUUUGAACUGGAAAUAAGUCCCCUUUGUAAUCAGCAAAAGGAUACAGUACCAAGCAUCCAGAUUGGGUUCAUGACAUACAUCGUUGAGCCGCUCUUUGAGAGGUGGGCCCAGUUUACAGGCAACACACCCCUCUCUGAAAAUAUGCUAAACCAUCUCAGGAGGAACAAGGCCAAGUGGAGAGGUUUGCUCCACAAGCAACACAGCAGUAGUAGGAGCAACGACCACUCAGGCCAAGUGACUGGCAACCAGGAACAGACUUUAAAUGAAGAAGAGACUCCUUAGUGUCAGCUUUGCACUUCUCCUUCUAGCACUGCUAUCUCUGUCUUGGUCACAGCAGCAAACAAGGUCCUGGGGAGCAGGAGCCUGUUGUCAACACCGUGCAAAGGCAAGAAAUGGCAAAGCUCUAAGGGUCCUCACGAACACACCCAUGGUUCUGCUGGGAUUCUUUCUGAUCUUCACGUUCCUCUCCCCUCUCUCCAUUCUGUGCAUGCCUGAUGCCAUUUGUCACUCCUGACCCCAAACUGCUCCGGUGCAGAGUCCCUGUCAGCAGCAGGGAAGCCAGGCCAGUUCUGCCAUGAAGCAGGGAGGAUUGCUGAGAAUAGGCGACACAGAGAGGCACUCUUGGUGAUUUUUUCAUUUACCAUAAGUCAUAUUGUGACAUAUGUAUAUAGGCCCACAGUGCCACACCCUUUCUAGGCUGGCAGCUGGGCUGCACAUGAAACCACCAGCAUCUCCAUCAUCCAGAGGUCAUGGACUGAGCAGGACGGUGCUCGCAGAGGGCAGAGAGUUGGGUUGUUUUAGUAGUUAAAAACCUUUUUAACUUUUGUAUUCUGUGCACUAAACAACAAAUCUAUAAACCUUGGACUGAGGUUACUCUCCAUAUACACACCUCCAGUGUAACAAGGCUCGUUUUGGUAAUCAUUUUUAUGCCACUUUGGAUAAAAGAUGGGCAUCUUCUCAUUGCAAGGAACAGCAUUCCCUCACAGCCAAAAGGGAAGGUGUAGUACAGUCUAAACCUUUGAAACAUGAACAGAUCUAUCUUUUGAGUACUGUUUCAAGUUACCUGUUUAUAUUCAUAUGUGUACAUUUUCUGUAAAUAGAAAGCGCUACUGAUUCCCAUGCCAAAAUACUGGAGUACUGUGGGAUGAUUGCUACCUGUAAAAACAUUGGCACUGUGAACAGAAUACUGUUAGUUUUAAUACAAGAGAAAGCAUUUGUAAAUAUGGUAUAGAGUUUAUUAAUAUACACCAUUGUUUGUGGAUAAAAGCCUUAACUUUUAGCAUCCUUCAUCUUCUGAUAGCUGCCAAAAUCAUACGAUUACAAGAUAUGAUUCUGAACUGCCUUUCCACUAUCCAAGGUGUAUCAAAGGUCAUUAAGGAAUGAAGUCUGGCAGGAUAACUUCUUGAAAACUUCAAACACAUUCCAUAUGGGUCCGUGUUGUUAAUCCAUGGCACCUUGCACAUUUGGUCUAGGCAAAUGUUUCACAGAGCCUGAAGUUUUAAGUUAAAAAAAACCACCCAGGCGCCACAGCAACACCACAUGACUUGACAGUUCAGCCUGAUUACCAUUUAUUCAAGAGUGUGAAUUUUUACUAAAUAGCUUAGUGAUCUACAAAGCACGACAUUAUUUCUAGAGUUCAGUUGUUUUCUUGAGAGAUGUUGCAGUGUAGCUGGUUUUUUCCCCACAUUCCCUCCUUAGAUAGUCAGCAUCAAAAUGCAUUUGUAUUUUUCUUUUAAUUAAAAGAAUACUUCAACUGACUUUUUAGAUUAGUCUCAGUCAAUGAAGGAAAAAAAUGUGUUGUGGUCAGACUAUUAAAAAAAAAAAUCCUCUUAGCUAUUAUAGUGGCUGAGGAAUUUUCUAUGAUCUCAUGUUUGUGAAAGAUAACUUGGCCUUAACUAUGCCAUAAACAACCUCAGUUCCGGAAGUCUUUAUUAAACUUUACUUAAGCUUUCACCAUUUCAGUGAGAUUGUAUUCUCAGACACUACUCCGUUGCACCAAAGGGAUUGUCCCCUGCUCCUCUGCCCCCAGAAAGAAUAACAUCAUCCUGGUGAAGUACAGCAUUGUUGUAAACUCCCCAUACAUCAAAUCUGUACAGUUGCUGUCCAAAAGAAUGAGCAGGUACAGCCAGGUAUUCACAUUUGGAUAGUCAAGUUGGGAUGUGAAGACCUUGAAGAGGCCAACAAAGAAAGAGCUUUUUAAGUUGAUGUUUGAGAAACACGAAAAAGAUGCUUACUCACAGAAGUGCAAGGGAAAAUAAAAUAUAAUACGUUUUUCUAAAUUACAGGAGAUACUGACUUGAUGAGAGAAAGUUCCUGCUCAUAAGGUGACUGAUAUGUUUAGAGGAAAAUAAAAAGCAUAAGUAUUAGUGAAGGAUGAGUUACUUCACUAAUUCUUUGUAUGUAUCUUCAGAGAAAAGAGGCUGAAACCCAGUGAAGUAAAAAGGGGCAAAUCACAGUGAGCAAACAAAAGCACUCCAGCAAUGGUUUUCCACCCCUCCACUGUUAUAUAAGGUACAAUCAAUAGAAAAACUACUUCUUUCUCCCACUUACCUAAAUGAGAUUCAUAAAAUAGAGGGACAACAUCAAGCAAAGGGCACUCAAGAGCUGUAGUAGAAUUAAAUUGUUUCUAACUACAGCAUGUAAAUGUCUUCUUAACCAUAUGGAGGUGGUGGGGGUGGAGCACCACCACUUUGCAGCUUUUUAAGUGUACCUUUUCUUCCUGACAGAUGUAGGACAAUUAUUAGGAUGUUAGGUGAGCAAUGUAAUGCACUGCUUAGAAGCACUUAAGUCCAUACAAAAGGAUGCAAUUUCCUGUGUUUUGUCUUUUUAUUAAGAGAUGGAAGCCCUUUUCCGUCUAGUUCAGAGAAUUUUUUUAAAAGGUUCUGAAAUUUAGUUAAACCCAGUGUCUAGCAGGUUAAAAAGCUCUUGACAGAAACAGUGUUGAGCUGUUUCUGAAGAGCUUCCAGAAAAUAGGUCCAACAGGAAAGCUUAGAUACAAAUCAAAUUUUGUUACAGCCACAUUAAACCCAAGCUCUUUUCUACAAGUGGAGCCUACAGGUUCCAUUAGUUUGUUCUUACCACCAGUUAAAACUUUCCAACUUUAAAAAGCUCUUCUGAAAAUUAUCAGGCUGUGGGGGAUUUUUGUGCACUGAACAUACCAGCUAGAUUUCAAUCACCUUGUCUAAUGAAACAUGCUUGAAAGAGGUUCCGGGUGGCCCCAGCAACACUUCUGGGCUUGUGAGCCAAACCCAUUACACAGGUUUGGUCCUGGGCCAGUUUGCCUCAGGUGCUCCAUACAGAAGUGCUUGGAAAAGGUAGGCUCUGGCAGCAGAUGCCUGGCAGCCAGAUUCCCUGGGGUCUGUAAUGCAAAAUGGAACCAUCUGAUUUCCCGUAGAAACCAUAACUGGUACCAGCCAAUCCAACAGCACCAGUGCUCAGCACAUGCAGGUGUGAUACAUUAGGUAUUCUCUGGUUUGGACAGCAUUUCUGCCCUGGGGUUUCUCCCCAGUGUGCCAACAGGCUGCUGGUGCACAGAAUAGAAAUGCUAUGCAGGUAACACACAUUUUGGUGGCCCUAUCAGCCACUUUACAGAAGGCCUUUGCAAAUUAUUUUCCCUUCCCACUGGCUAGUGCAGCUGAAAGAUUUUUAGGUUUUCAAACUGUGUUGAAGUUUUCAUACAUGGAAAGAGGGAAAAAAAGCUGUUAAAAGCAGGAUGUUAAAAUGUUUUUAUGCCCCACAAAUGCAAUUAAAAUCUAGCUCCUCUAAAAAUGAAGAUUUCAUACCAUCUAAGAGGUAAUUCUGUGCCUUGUGAUAACAAGCGAAAAUCUUAGGCUGGUUAAAAUAAUGCAUAUGUAUGCAUUGUCAUUAAGUAAAGAUUUUACCUACCUUUGUGUUUAUAAGUGUCAGUGGUCCAGCCACCAGUCAGGUGGGGAAUAAGAGUACUAUUGACAACACCUAUCUUUGGAAUACAAGGAUCAAAGACAGGAGUAGCUGAGAUUAAAUAGACUCUAUGGAGGAAAAAAAAAA